UCUAGUUCAAUAUAAAUUACGCUUCCUAAUGCUCUCCGAAAAUACAUCAAAAAGUUUUAUGCGUUAAAUAUCAGACAGUGAUCCAGCAUGUGUUUCUAUUUCGCUUUGGUUGCAAGCAAAUCUUAGGAAUUUCACACAAAGGUUUGCAUGUUAUUUUUAUUUUCUUGCAGUAUCUAAUUAUGCUCUUUCUUUUCUUUUAAAGGAAUGAGAUAAAAUCAGCGGAAGCUUAAGCUUCUCAAGCUAAUUGACGAGACAGAAACUUCAAAUGGACUUUCAACAAGUACAGAAAAUGGUGACAAAUCAGACAAUGAUAUCUAAUGAACUCAUGUGGCAUCGCAUUGGUUGGUUUCAGGAUCUUAUAAUGCAUCUUGAAGCUUGGUUGGAUUUUCCUUUAUCUGAUGAGGAAGGCAACUUUGCUGGAAAUGUUGGUAGGGUGGGGGUGUUGUUCAAAUCAAACUUAAGAGGCCAACCUGCUAAAAGUUACAAGAAAAUAAAGACCAGAAUGGAGGUAAAAAUUCUAUUUUUUGGAUUUUCCUUUUUAACUAAGAUCGUUGACAAGCAAAUGUUGGGACAAACAUUGAUAAUAUAUUGCUUAUCAAUGUGCAGAAUAGAUUUGGUGACCAGUACAAGCCACAACAGGUAUACUACAUGCUUCCAUGUUACUAAAGAUUUAUUAUUAAAGAUAUUAUUAUGUACUACAUACAAUUGCAGAUGUUCCUUAAUGGUUUGAUGCUGCUUCUUUUGGAUUAUAUAUAGUGGCAUUGUUUACAUGGUUUC